CCUCGGAGUUCAGAAUGUUCCCAGAGCUCAAUAACCUUUUAAACACGACCCCAGAUAGGGCGGAGCAGGGGAAACUGACUCUACUCUGUGAUGCCAAGACAGAUGGCAGUUUCCUUGUGCACCACUUUCUUUCCUUCUACCUCAAAGCUAAUUGUAAAGUGUGCUUUGUGGCCCUCAUCCAGUCCUUCAGUCACUACAAUAUCGUGGGACAGAAGCUGGGUGUCAGCCUGACCACUGCACGGGAGCGUGGGCAACUUGUGUUCCUUGAAGGUCUCAAGUCCUCAGCGGAUGUCUUCUUCCGAUCCCACGAGGAGCCACACCCCCUGCAGUUUCUCAGGAAGGCCAGCGCUGAGGAUCUGCAGCCGUUGUAUGAGUUUGUGAAGGAGGCCCUGAAGCCUGUGGACAGUGGGGACCCCACGUGGAGGUGUCCGGUGUUGCUGGUAGAUGACCUCAGUGUGCUGUUGAGCCUGGGCAUAGGGGCAGUGGCCGUGCUGGACUUUGUCCACUACUGCAGAGUUACUGUGUGCUGGAAACUAAAGGGAAAUAUAGUGGCCCUUGUGCAUGACAGUGGAGACGUUGAGGAUGAAGAGAAUGACAUCCUACUGCAUGGCCUCAGUCACCAGAGCCAUCUGAUCCUACGGGCUGAGGGGCUGGCCACUGGCUUCUGUCGGGAUGUGCAUGGGCAGCUGACGAUCCUGUGGAGGAGACCGUUGCAGCCCACAGCCCGGCAGGAACGGAGCCUCACUUACCAGUACAAGAUACAGGACAAGAACGUGUCCUUUUUUGCCAAAGGAAUGUCUCCUGCUGUUUUGUGA